AAUCAAUUCGAUGACUGGAAAAGUGAUGGCCAGUUUUUUUCGUUGGCUCGCAACGACAUCGUUUCUCUAACCCAAUGCCCACAGCACAUUGACUUCCUGGCACACAGAACUUUGCGCGCACGGGUCAGAGCAAGGAAUUCCACCAUGGAUAAGUUUAACUUGACAGUGUGGGUAAACACCAGCUCGGACGAAAACAUUCCCCAAAGGCUCACCGUCUCAAUGUUCAGUGUCCUUAUGCUGACGUUGCUAGUUAUGCUGAUAAUUGCGACAUUUUUGUGGAAUCUGUUGGUGCUCGCGACGAUAUUGAGGGUAAAGACGUUCCACAGAGUGCCCCACAAUUUGGUUGCAUCAAUGGCAAUAUCCGAUGUGAUGGUGGCGGCUCUUGUGAUGCCUCUCAGCCUUGUCAACGAGCUGUCGGAGAGAAGAUGGCGCUUCGGAAGAGUCCUUUGCGAUGUGUGGAUCUCGUUCGACGUCCUGUGCUGCACCGCUAGCAUCUGGAAUGUCACUGCCAUCGCCCUGGACCGAUACUGGUCUAUUACGCGCCACUUGGAGUACACUCUCAAAGCGAGGAAGAAAAUAUCAACUAUCAUGAUAGCCGUAACAUGGGCUCUGUCCGCAGUGAUAUCUCUCUCGCCACAGUUCGGGUGGGGAGAGACUUACGCCGCUGAUGAGGAGAACUGCCAAGUCAGUCAGGAACCAUCAUACACAGUUUUCUCUACUUUCGGGGCGUUUUACGUGCCUCUUUCUGUCGUUUUGUUUGUAUACUGGAAAAUUUACAAAGCCGCUAAACUUCGAAUUGGCAGUCUAAAGAGGAACGAGGUUAUACCCAUGCCGGGAGUCGUACAGGUGAAGGAGGCCGAGCACGUGCCCCAGGUGGCCUUUGCAGCCCGCCACGUGGGCGUGGCCUUCCAGACGGAAGGCGAGACGUGGCGUGAGCAGAAGGAGCGGCGGGCGGCGCUGACAGUGGGCCUCCUCAUCGGCGUCUUCGUCCUCUGCUGGAUCCCCUUCUUCGUGACCGAGCUGCUGGGCCCCCUCUGCUCCUGCACCGUGGUGCCCCCGCUGGGCAAGAGCGUCUUCCUCUGGCUGGGCUACUCCAACUCCUUCUUCAACCCCCUCAUCUACACCGCCUUCAACAAGAGCUACAACAGCGCCUUCCGGAGCUUCUUCACCAAGCAGAGGUGA